UGGGUCGAUGUGGAAUAUGUCCAUGAUUGACAUAUAAGAUCUCAGAUCGACAAUAAACUUCGCAGGGCACCAAUAGCGCCAAAAUCGGCUCAUUGUGGCUUGAUCUCUUUGCGCCUUUGCAACGGAGAACAUAGACAUCAUUGGUUGUGUGGAUCUUAUCCCCCAUCUUAGCGUGAAGAAUGAGCUGCGCUGAACUAAGACACUACAUGGUGGAAUUGUGCAGAUCAACGAAAUAUUGUUUACUGUUGGGGACCCGAUGUUGGCCUAUUUAAAGGCUAUUCUGCUCCCACACAACUCUAGCCAUGCGUCCAUCCAACCUUUCUCUCACUACAUAAUUGCCAACCAUGAGACUCGUCCUUUCCACCGCCCUGCUAUCCAUCGCAGGAUCAGCCAUCGCUGAGAAAGCCAUUGUGGGUGGAUCCCAGGCUGCAGAUGGAGAAUUCCCAUAUCAAGUUUCCGUUCAAACCAGCUACCACAUGUGUGGUGGAUCUAUCAUCGAUAAAGAUCAUAUCCUAACUGCCGCUCACUGCGUGGAUGGACUAUCCCCAAAUCGCCUGAGAAUUCGGGCGGGUUCAACCCAGCACGCCUCGGGUGGAAAGUUGGUCAAGGUGGCCAAAGUCACGCAACACUCGGGGUUCGACGCAAAAACAAUCAAGAAUGACAUCGCUGUCCUCAAGCUGGCCUCGAGCCUCGACUUUGGGUCUACUAUCUCGGCUGUGGAACUCCCAUCCUCAGCGGAUGAUACGCCCCAGGUGGGGACCAAGUGCUCUAUCACUGGCUGGGGGAGUACCUCCGCUGGAGGCUCGAUUCCCUCAAACCUCUUGGUCGCGUACGUCGACAUUAUUGACCACGAGAAAUGCGCGGAGGAAUAUGUGAAUCGCGGUGAAGUUGAUGGCUCCAUGAUAUGUGCCGGUGUCAAAUUUGGGGGAAAGGAUGCUUGCCAGGGAGACAGCGGUGGUCCAUUGGUAGAUGCUAGCUCUAAGAAGCAGGUAGGAAUUGUUUCGUGGGGCUUUGGAUGUGGAAAACACAGCCAACAUGGUGUUUAUGCGAGCACCGCAGCUUAUCUUGAUUGGAUUCAGGAGGCCGUUCUAGCAGUCUAGAUCCAUUUUUGUACCACAUGUUUGUUUUUAGCUCUUUAAAGGAAUCGAACCAGAUGAUCUUCUUUUGGGUGAUGGCAACGGGCGUGGUGCUAGAGCCAAGCUGUGCAGUAGGAGGGUUCAUUUCUCCUACUAGUAUACUUGAUAUAUUUAGAAAUAUACAGGUCGAUAGAAAUCUGAUAUAUUAUAAGAAAUAAUAGUAUAAUGGAGUCGAUCAUUCUGAAAGAAUAGUUAAGAGUAUAAGUCAUAAUAUAGCAGGAAAUAGAGAAGCUUGGGAUGGGGGAUAUUCUGGAGGGGGUCAAAUGUUAACUAACCGCGAUAAUAGCCAGCCCAUGGAGAAUGGUGGAUUAACAGAGUCAAUCUUCGGUUCACUUGGUAGUGCCAGGAAACCCAGAGGGUAACAAUUACGAUGGAGCCGACAGGAUGAGAGGCCAUCAGCAUGGAGGAGAGUGUCAGGUAUGUUAUGGUAGGAGUCGAUGGCUAGAUUGAACUUUCCAGGGGGGAAUGGGUGCAGGAAUAUGGUAGAGAAUGAAUGUUGGGCUUGCGGUGGAAUCUCAAUUGCUCUC